UCAACCGGUAGAGGAGGAAGGUGCCGAGACUGCCGAGCUGCUCGCGCACAACCGCGAGGUCCAGACAGCGGCGCGAGCGAUGCGAGUCGAGGGCUGCGAGGAAACAGACUAACUGAAGAGAAACACCUCAGCAGCCGAGUAUCGUCUUGUUUCAGCGGCGUGAACAGCAACACAGCACAGUGAGCAUGUCGGUGCUAGCUCUGCAAGAGUACGAGUUCGAGAGACAGUUCAACGAGGACGAAGCCAUCCGAUGGAUGCAGGAGAACUGGAAGAAGUCAUUUCUCUUCUCUGCGCUCUACGUUGCCUUUAUCCUCGGGGGCCGCCAUGUCAUGAAACAGAGGGAGAAGUUUGAGCUGCGGAAACCGCUGGUGCUAUGGUCGCUCACGCUUGCGCUAUUCAGUAUAUUUGGUGCCAUCCGUACUGGGAGUUACAUGAUGUACAUCCUGAUGACAAAAGGGCUUAAACAGUCGGUUUGUGACCAGAGCUUUUACAACGGGCCUGUCAGCAAGUUCUGGGCAUACGCCUUUGUACUUAGUAAAGCACCAGAACUGGGUGACACUCUCUUCAUCGUCCUGAGGAAACAGAAGCUGAUCUUCCUCCACUGGUACCACCACAUCACCGUGCUGCUCUACUCCUGGUACUCCUACAAAGACAUGGUGGCCGGCGGCGGAUGGUUCAUGACCAUGAACUACCUGGUGCACGCCGUCAUGUACUCUUAUUACGCCUUGCGGGCAGCCGGCUUCAAGGUGUCGCGCAAGUUCGCCAUGUUCAUCACCCUGACCCAGAUCACCCAGAUGCUGAUGGGCUGUGUGGUCAACUACCUGGUGUACUCGUGGAUGCAGCAGGGCCAGGAGUGUCCAUCCCACAUGCAGAACAUUGUGUGGUCUUCCCUCAUGUACCUCAGCUACUUUGUGCUCUUUGUUCAGUUCUUCUUCGAGGCCUACAUCGGCAAGUCCAAAUUAGCGGCUGUCGCCAAGAAGGGCGACUAAACUAAUGCCAUAUGUAUGGGAAGAAGGGAGAUAAUGAAGAAAAAGGGAGAUGGAAAUGGAGAGCAGGGACCAGUGACUUGAGAGAAUAUGUUAGGGGUGAGGGUUGUUGGAAUGAAUGAUGGGUAAUGCAGAGGUGGCAGAGGCUUGGGGAGUGGGGGUGGGGUGGGGGUGGGAGGGUCAAGAGGAUGGCUGGUGUUUGUGCUUGAGCAUUACUAAUGUGCAGAUCUAAAAUGCCUCAAUGGAUGUGACGUCUCCGUUGAGGGAUGCUGAGGAAGCAGCGCCACCAUGAUCAGAAGCCAUCACGAAGUUGUACACCUGAAGUUUAAAAGCCCUUUUUUAAAUUCAUCAUAAAUAGUUUUUAAAAAUCUAAACUAUAAGAAAAGGACAAAGACACCAUAUUUAAUAAAUACAUCUGCCAUGAGCAUAUGUUUACUUGAUAUUAAAAAAUAAAUUAAUUGGUACAUAUGACGAUGGAUGGAGUCAACAUUACCCUGAGCCAUCUGAGUAUGUUUUUGUCCGUUUGUUGUCAGUGUUUGUUGUUUUGUUUCGAUUUGUCAAAGAAAAAGUUUGAAACACUGGAGAGUGUCGGUGGUUGAUGUGAACUGAUUGGGUGAACGGCACUGUAUCUUCUGUGUCUUACAUUGCAAAACGCGAUAUUUUCUCAGGUCUUAGGUUAUCUUUCUUAAUAUAAUAUGCAUAUCAAGACAACGUAGACAUGUUUAACAUCAGCACCGGUUUACAGUAUGGCUAAAAUUCAUCCAGUACAGCCGCACAGUUGAAAAAAAAGUAUGAAUGAAGCUGAUUGAACUGACUGACUCAGAUGAUCACACCGCUCCUCGGCAUGAUGGGGAGACAGAUGCUGACAGUGCCCUGCUUCACCACUUGUCAUGACCUUGCAAGAAGUUGCCGACCACACUUGGAAAAUGACUUGCCAUUGAUUUCCAAACGCCUCUCUGUUGAAGGGUCCCUACCAGUGAAGAAAACUUGUCUGUUAGACACUGAAGGCUAAAAUGGAGGACAAACAUAUUUAUGUUUAGUAAAAGAAAAAAAAAAAACAUCAAACAUGCAAAUUGUCAAAUCUGCUGUAUUGACUCUGAAAAAUAGUAUGUAUCCUUAAUGGUGUCUGUUGUGCUAUUGUGCAUUUGCACUGUAUCAAUGUCAAAAAACAAUUGUUGCUGAAAACCUUAAUGUAUGAACAAAGAGUGCAAAAAUGUCA